UUACACGUUUUUUGACUCACUCAAAAAUGCCUUUUGUUUUUCUUACCUUCUAAAAUGGCUUGUAACCGGCUUUUUAGAUGAUUUGAUGAUCAUCACAUUCACUCUAUGGCUAUAAAUAAAGCCAUGUUCAAUCGAAUGGACAAUUUAUUUAGAAAGUGGUUCAAGGCCUCUUGAAAUUCAUGUCUCUUUAGUACAAAAAAGAAAACAAAAUAUCAUCUUCGGUGUAAAAAGGAAAAGGUUUUUUUUUACUUGCUUGUGGUUUUACAACUUAUAACUUAAAGUGUAAAUGAAAUUGUCAUGUCAAAUAAAGUACCAUUAGAGGAUCUGCAAAGAACGGAAUCAACUUCAACCUCAUUUAUAACCUGUGGUGUUAAUAAUAUGCCAACAUUCAAUCAAACUGCUUCAAGAUUUCCAAUAUGUGAAGAUGUACAUAAAUAUAAAUAUGAGAGUCGAGUUAAAAUUGGUCAAGGAACUUAUGGUGAAGUGUUUAAAGUCAAACACCGUCAUAACAAUCAAUAUGUUGCUAUAAAAAGGAUUUUACUGGAGAAAGAGAAGGAAGGUUUCCCGCUCACAGCUAUAAGAGAGAUUAAAAUUCUUCAGCUUUUAAAGAAUAUAAAUAUUGUUAAUUUAAUUGAGAUUUGCAAAGGUGAAACAGAACCCAAUCAUUCCAGGAGAAUUGCAGGACCAACAUCUUUUUAUUUGGUUCUUGAUUUCUGUGAUCAUGAUUUGGCUGGUUUACUGGCUAAUGAUAAUGUCCAGUUUAACCUUGCUGAGAUUAAAAGUGUCAUCAGUCAGCUUUUCAAUGGGCUGUCUUAUAUUCAUAGUAAGAAGAUACUCCAUCGAGACAUGAAAUCUGCAAAUGUUCUCAUCACUCGUCUCGGUGUUUUAAAACUGGCCGACUUUGGCCUCGGUCGAAUGGUAGGCGAUGCAGAAGAUGGUUUCACCAAUAGAGUAGUUACUCUUUGGUAUAGACCACCUGAAUUGCUAUUAGGUGCUCGUAAAUAUGGGCCAUCCGUUGACCUUUGGGGUGCUGGGUGUAUUAUGGCUGAAAUGUGGACACGAUCCGCUUUAUUGCCAGGAAAUUCAGAGUCAGAACAGUUGGAUUUAAUUAGUAAAUUGUGUGGCUCAAUCACACCAGAAGUGUGGCCUAGUGUUAAGCAAUUAGAAUUAUUCAAUAAAUUGCAAUUGAUGCAAGGUCAAAAAAGACGGGUAAAGGAUCGUCUUAGUACCUAUAUGAUGGAUUCAAAUGCUCAUGAUCUUCUUGACCGUCUACUUACCUUGGAUCCUUCACAAAGGAUUAAUGCGGCCGAUGCCUUGCAUCAUGAUUUUCUUUGGUCAGAACCACUGCCCGGAGAUUUGAGUCGAGUAUUAUCUCAAUUUAACCAAUCAAUGUUUGAAUAUUACAAAAACUCUCGUCGACGAAGAAAUCCUAGACCAAAGAUCCUCAAGCAGAAUCGUACUAAAGUAUUUUGAUGAAAAGCGUUUAGGGCCAUCUUUUUAUUUAAAUGUAAUUUUUUACCUCAACUCUAAAUAUUAAUUAACAAGUAACUUACCUCAUCCACUCAAUUUAGGCUCAUUUGUUUCAAAGUGUUCCUUAUCAAUGUUGAAAUUCAUGUGAUUACCUAAAUUUUACUCUUUCUAUAAUGUUCAUCACUAACUUAAAUUUAAACGACUACGAGCUUCCAUACUCGCCAGUUAAUUGUGAGAUUUAAACAAACAAAUUUUUUUACAAUUGCAUUUUUUAUACCUUUAAACUGUCGUAUUUUGACUAAACUUUUUUGUACAAAACUAAUUAUUUUUUUCCCACUUCGGUUGUUACCUCAAACGCAUCAAUUUUUGUAAGCCCUUUCAACCUUUUAAUAAACUAGACGAUUUACAUUCUUACAUGAAA